AUGACUUUUUUUUCCUUUCAUUCUCUUUGCGUAGAUGUGCAGCUUCUUGUCACAUCCCCCUAUCCUCUUGUCACAUUCUCCUAUCCUCUUGUCACAUCUUCUCAUCCACUUGUCACAUCCACUCAUCCUCUUGUCACAUCCUCCUAUCCUCUUGUCACAUCCUCUUGUUACAUCCUCUCAUCAACUUGUCACAUCACCUAUCCUCUUGCCACAUUCCCCUAUCCUCUUGUCACAUCCCCCAUCCUCUUGUCACAUUCCCCUAUCCUCUUGUCACAUCCUCUCCUCAUCUUGUCACAUCCCCUAUCCUCUUGCCACAUCCCCUUAUCCUCUUGUCCCAUCCUCUCAUCCUCUUGUCACAUCUCUCUAUCCCCGUGUCACAUCUUCCUAUCCUCUUGUCACAUCCUCCUAUCCUCUUGUCACAUCCUCUUGUCACAUCCUCUCAUCAACUUGUCACAUCACCUAUCCUCUUGCCACAUUCCCCUAUCCUCUUGUCACAUCCCCCAUCCUCUUGUCACAUCCUCUAUCCUCUUGUCACAUUCUCUAUCGUCUUGUCACAUUCCCCUAUCCUCUUGUCACAUCCCCUAUCCUCUUGCCACAUCCUCUUAUCCUCUUGUCACAUCCUCUCAUCCUCUUGUCACAUCUCUCUAUCCUCGUGUCACAUCCUCUCCUCAUCUUGUCACAUCCCCCUAUCCUCUUGUCACAUCCUCCUAUCCUCUUUUCAUUUAA